AAAGCUUUUGCCAAAGAAUACGGAAAAUACAAAAAAAAUACCCAAAAAAAAAAAAAUUGUAGAAAGGACAAUGGGGAAGGGACUGACAAGUCGCAAAAGUUGGAGUCAUUUCAGAAACGACAACUUUCUCUUUAAGUUCACUGCGUGAGUGUGCGUAUGUGUAUCUGUGCAUUUGAAUUAAAGGUUUUACGCUUUGUGUUCGUAGCAGAGAUGAACAGCAGCAGACGAGCACACCACGCUGAGUUUUGCUUUCUCCCCGACUCCUUAGCCUCAGGACUGAAUUUUGGGCUAUGAAAAAGGACAAUGUACAACCCACAAGCCGAAGCAGGUUCAUUUCCUUUUGGUUUGGUAGAAGGUUCAUGUCUGAAAACGCAAAGAGAGAGAAGUGAAACUGUUGAGUGUGGACUGUGUAGAGAGAGAUAGAGAGAGACUCGAGAAGUGAAGGAGGUUGUUGUGAAAAGGUAGCGAGGGUUGAAAAUUGAGGAAAAAGAGCUUUUUUUCAAGUUUUCUAACUUCCAAGAGCGAGCGUCAGAAAGUGAUGGAGGUAUUGGUUAUAAAUCAAAUCUCUCCCGAACAAACCAGCAACGUUUAGGAAAUAAGAGAGAGAAAGAGGUUGUAAUCAUAAUAUCAUAUCAAAUCCCGGCAUCGGAUCUGCAACGUUAGGCUUCACUCUUGCUGGAGUUCCUCUGUUUCUCUCGGAAAGUUAAUCUUUACCACUCAUCACCGCCCUAGAUGAGCAGAUGAGGAAGAACAAGAAAUAUUUCAGUGACUCAGUUUGACUUGCACCAACUAGUUGUAAUUAUAGGAGGAAAAAAAUAAAUAAAUAAAUAGAAAAGAAGAAGAAGAAAAAGCAGGAAAAGAAGAAAUAGAUCGAGAGGUUAGGUGAUGGCUUCAUCAUCUAAUUCCCCUUGUGCCGCAUGUAAAUUUCUGCGGCGAAAGUGCCAGCCAGAGUGCGUGUUUGCUCCUUAUUUCCCACCGGACCAGCCGCAGAAGUUCGCCAACGUGCACAAGGUGUUCGGUGCCAGUAACGUAACCAAGCUUCUCAAUGAACUCCACCCUCAUCAACGAGAAGAUGCUGUCAAUUCUCUUGCCUAUGAGGCCGACAUGCGAUUGCGUGAUCCGGUUUACGGUUGUGUCGGUGUGAUCUCGUUACUUCAGCAUCAAUUGCGUCAACUGCAAAUGGACCUUAGCUUUGCCAAAUCUGAACUAUCCAAAUAUCAGAACGUUGGCAUCACCGGACAUGGUCUAAUCGCCGCUGCUGCUGCGGCUGCUGCAGCAGCCAGUCAUCAUCCUCAGAUGGGGAUCAGUCUCUUGAGCGGUGGUGGUAGAGACCAUCACCAUCAUCAAAACCACUAUCAAUUCUUCUCUAGGGAUCAACAACAACAACAAGGCAGCAUGAGGGGGAGUUUUGAUGCUAACAGUGCCUAUGAUGCUACUAGCCUCAUGGCCUUGAAUGCAUCAGCAAGCAUAGGGCAGUUGGGUCAGUUCCAGCCAACCCGAGCUGCUGGUGAUGAUUUACGGAGCAUUGGGCCUUCUUAAGAUUCUCUCUCCAUGGGAUUUAGUCAUCUACUUUCCCAACUCCAUUUCAGAGGUAAAUUUUUAGCAUCUUAUAUGUUUGAGACUCUUGGUACUAGUGCUUAAUAAACAAUACGAAAGUCCGUUAUAUAUCUUGCGAAUGGAUUGAAUUUCAUGAAUUGUAUUCCAUCUGCAUAAUUACUUUUU